AUGGCGUCGUUUGAGGGAGAAUCACCUGUCCUUUCCGGCACCGCCGGAUCCAAUCCCACGGUUUCUGGCGACGCAGGGCUGAUCCCCUACGUCAACCUCAAGCACCUCCUCGGCCGUGCUAAAAAGAGUGUCAACGAUGGCGACAUUUUGCGCGAUGAUUUCUGCUUGCGCUGCACGCGCGGCCUGGCCAGGUUCUCGCCAGAGUCCACCCAACUUGCCAAGUUCUUCGAUGAGGCCAGUGAGUGGAUGUGUUCCGAUCGUGCUGGGAACUCCAGUGUGUCCUGCCGGCGCUGCAACAAAGCGCACAAAACCGAGGCUUUCGUCCCCGCGGAGCUGGUCCCCGUCGCUCGCGCUCUCGUGGACGCCCUGUGCGUCCUGUAUGCUGCCUAUGUGCAGGGCGGCCAAGACCAGGACGGCGUCCUCGACGCCUUGGUCAACGAAUUCCGGGCCCGCGCCACUGAGUGGUGCGAUAAGUACUCUGACUGGAGGAAGAGGAAUAACGGCUUGGACCCAAUGACGUGCUCCAAGGCGGUUCUCAAGCGCCUGGGAGUUGACGUCCCAGCCGAUGUCCCCCGGGCCACCAACACCGCGGUGGCGCCGGCCAACAACUUCUUCCCCGCCACGGCAGCGGCAGCAGCAGCAGCGGCGGAGGCUCCGGUCGAGAGCAACGACCCCUUCGUUGCGGGGGCGGCGGCGGCUGCUCCGGUCACCGGCAGCAACCUUCCCGCGGGAGCGGCGACGCCCCCGGCUAUCACCAAUGGCCCCCUCGUGGCAGCGGCGGCGGCGGCGGUGCCAAUUCCAGACAUCGACCUCCGAGACAUCGACCCCCGCCUCCUCGAACCCUUCGACCCCAGCCUCAUCAACGAGUAUUGA